AUGGGGUCUGUUCCCAGAAUGCCAGGGGCAGGGCAGCUGGGGGCAGGGCCGGCCGCUGGACAAACAGAUCAAAGGCUGCUGGUCAUCCUGGGCCUGCUGUGGGGCUCGGCAGCCACCACGUCCUCGGGCCCGCAGUGGCCCAAGCCCGUGUUCGGGCGCCUGGCAUCUCCUGGCUUCCCGGGCACGUAUGCCAACAACCACGAGCAGCGCUGGGCCCUGACGGCGCCCCCCGGCUACCGCCUGCGUCUCUACUUCACUCACUUCCAGCUGGAGCCCUCCUACCUCUGCGAGUACGACUUCGUCAAGCUGAGCGCCGGGACCACGGUGCUGGCCACGCUGUGCGGGUCAGAGAGCACGGACACGGAGCGGGCGCCCGGCAACGCCACCUUCUACUCGCCGGGCUCCAGCCUCGACGUCACCUUCCGCUCCGACUACUCCAACGAGAAGCCGUUCGCGGGCUUCGAGGCCUUCUACUCAGCAGAGGACAUCGACGAGUGCCAGGUGCCCCCAGGAGAGGCCCCCACCUGCGAGCACCACUGCCACAAUCACCUGGGUGGCUUCUACUGCUCCUGCCGUAUGGGCUACGUUCUCCACAGGAACAAGCGCGCUUGCUCAGCCCUGUGCUCAGGCCAGGUCUUCACUGCCCGGUCUGGGGUGCUCAGCAGCCCUGGAUACCCUCAGCCGUACCCCAAGCUCUCCAGCUGCACCUACAGCAUCCGCCUGGAGGAGGGGUUCCAUGUCACCCUGGACUUCGUGGAGUCCUUUGACGUGGAGAUGCACCCUGAGACCCAGUGCCCCUACGACUCCCUGAAGAUUCAAACAGACAAGGAGGAAUAUGGCCCAUUUUGUGGGAAGGCGUUGCCCGGCAGGAUUGAAAGCAAGAGCAACACUGUGACCAUCACCUUUGCCACUGAUCAGUCGGGGGACCACACGGGCUGGAAGAUCCACUACAACAGCACAGCUCAGCCCUGCCCUGACCCGACGGCACCACCUAACGGCCACAUCUCCCCUGUGCAGGCCAAAUACAUCAUGAAAGACCGCUUCUUUGUCUUUUGCGAGUCGGGCUACGAACUUCUGCAAGGUUAUUUGCCCCUGAAAUCAUUUGUUGCAGUCUGUCAGGCAGAUGGAUCUUGGGACCAACCGAUGCCGGAGUGCAGCAUUGUUGACUGUGGCCCUCCUGAUGAUCUACCCAGUGGCCAAGUGGACUAUAUAACGGGUACCGAGGUGACCAUAUACAAAGCUGUGGUUAAAUACCGCUGUAAUGAGUUCUACACAAUGAGAACAAAUGAUGGUAAAUAUGUGUGUGAGGCUGAUGGAUUCUGGAUGAGCUCCAAAGGAGAAAAAUCACCCCCCGUCUGUGAGCCUGUUUGUGGAAUAUCCACCCGUACCACAGAAGGUCGCAUAUAUGGAGGACAAAAGGCAAAGCUUGGCGAUUUUCCUUGGCAAGCCCUGUUAUUAGGUAAAACUAUAGCAGCAGGUGCACUUCUAUAUGACAACUGGAUCCUAACAGCUGCUCAUGCUGUAUAUGAGCAAAGAGAAGACGCCUCCUCCCUAGACAUUAGAAUGGGUGCCCUGAAGAGACUGUCACCUCAUUAUACACAAGCCUGGGCCGAGGCCAUUUUUAUACAUGAACAUUACACUCAUAAUGCUGGUUACGAUAAUGACAUAGCAUUGAUUAAACUGAAGAACAAAGUUGUAUUAAAUAGCAACAUCAUGCCUAUUUGUUUGCCCAGAAAAGAAGCUGAAUGCUUCAUGAGAACCAAUGAUAUUGGAACUGCAUCUGGAUGGGGAUUAACCCAAAGGGGUUUUCUUGCCAGAAAUCUAAUGUUUGUUGACAUACCAGUUGUUGACCAUCAAAACUGUACGGCAGCAUAUGAAAAGAAGUCCUAUCCGGGGGGAAGGGUAACUGACAACAUGCUUUGUGCUGGUUUAGAAAGUGGGGGCAAGGACAGCUGUAAAGGCGAUAGUGGGGGGGCAUUAGUGUUUCUACACAAUGAGACACAGAAAUGGUUUGUGGGAGGAAUAGUGUCCUGGGGUUCCAUUAAUUGUGGGGAAGCAGAUCAGUAUGGGGUCUACACAAAAGUCAUCAACUAUAUUCCCUGGAUCAAGAACAUAAUUAAUAAUUUUUAA